AUGACCAAGCAGGACUUCAUGAUCAGCGAUGAUAAGCCUGCGAACAAAAAACUGCGAGAGGAGAUGCUUGUGAAUCUCUACGGCCCAAAACACGGACUAGAUCAGAUCGCUACUUUCUACGAGGCCACGAUUUUGAAGAUGAUUAAGCAGAAGUCAUAUCAGCUGGGUGGUUGCUACGAGGUCGAUGCAAUUCGGGAUAUUGGGAACCUAGUACACGCCCGCUUCGCAUCGGAGCUGUUGGAUCUACCUCCGAAGACCCAGGAGAGCCCGCACGGUAGCUUUACCGAGCAGGAGUUCUACCAGAUUGGUGCAGUGCUCUUUACCUGGGCGUUCCUGGAUGCGGAGCCAGUGGCUUCGUUCCGGCUGCGCAAGGCCGCGCGGAAAGCCACCGCGGCCUUGACCGGAGUACUCGAGCCCCUGUGCAAGGCCAUCAAGCACGGCGAGCCGGUUAUAGCCCUCAAAGAUGCCAUCUACGAAAAUCACAGUCCCCUGAGCAACUACGGAAAACACAUCAUCCAGCGGAUGGUGGAGGGCGCAACUGUUGCGCAUACCGUAGGACAAAUUAUUCCGAUGAUAGCAGCUUCGGUGGCCAAUCAAGCGCAAGGGUUUGCACAAGUGCUCGACCUAUUUCUCUCGGACGAAUACAAACAUCAUUGGCGCACGAUCCAGGAUCUGGCGAGGGACAAGAUCGACCCUGAAGGAUCGCUCCAGCAACUUCGCAAGUACGCAUGGGAAGGCUCCCGUCUCGCAACCGCCGCGUUUGGGAUCAUCCGCGAAGUCGCCGUGGACUCAGCCGUGAUCCAAGACGGACCGCAGCGGACGGUCAACCUCAAGAAAGGAGAAAGCGUUUUUCUGAACUUUAUCUCUUCCGGCCUCGAUCCUACGGCAUUCCCGAACCCUCGCGAAAUCGACCUUACGCGCCCCGAGGAGCUCUACAUACAGUACGGAUACGGACCGCACUCCUGCAUCGGCACGCCCAUCGCCAUCACAGCAUUGACCGCCAUGCUGCGGGUCUAUGGACGACUGGAGAAUAUCCGACGUGCGCCCAGACUAGCGGGCCAGAUGAAGAGUGUCACAAAACACGGGUUCAGAACGUACAUGACCGAAGGUUGGAGUGAAUGGUCACCUUUCCCUACUACGAUGAAAAUCCAGUUCGACGGCGUUGUGGAGUAG